CUCUCUAAGAAACCCCUUUUCUGGAAGAAGGUCCGCAGAAGCAGGUGCUGAGGAUAAAGGCACACCUGGUACAGAAAAAGGGCAGUGGCCUUUGAGCAGACGCUGACUGAACAUCUGUGGGAUGCGUAGGAGCUGACUUCAGCAUCGUAGAAUCAAAGGAAAUGCUGAGACACCGAGGGGCAAUGUGAAAUGGUGAUGGAUUACUGGUAUUGCACAGCACUCAUCUGGAGUCGGAAUGGCCUGGAAUGGUGCCCUGGAACCGAUUCCUGAUAUACCAGAACCGUGUCCCUGGCCCAGAGUGGCAGAUUGAACAGAUUUUUCAAUCCUUGGAAGUGCUGUUUUUGAAGGAUAUAGUGGACAAAAGAGCACACCAUGGAACUGUGGAAUGGCCGUUGGGGUUUCCUGCAGGAAUAGAUUUCAGCCUGAUUUCAGUGCAGAGCUGCAACACUGCGACAUCAACAGCAAAGCAGGAAUUGGAAGACUGAGAGAGAGGAACCAUUGCAGGGCAAUGGAGGCAGUUAGGUGUGCAGUUUUGCACAGGGAACACCCAUCUUUUUAACUGAUCUUUGCUCAUCCUGGAUUCUGCCUCCUUCCAAGACAAUUCAGUCCAAGGGGUGAACCAUCAGAGCCUGCAACUUGAGACUCAGAAUGAUGAACUCACCCGUUUGAGGCUAAAUGCUGCACCUGAGUUUUGGACCUCCUCCUACAGCUUGUCCUGAACUCAAAACCUGCUCCAAGGAAUGGGAAGCUGGAGAAAGACACUGGGAAAGCAAAGACUUCAAACUGAAGUUGGAAGCUGUAAGCGUUGUAGAAGAACUCCUCUGUGUGCUCUCCUGAAUUGUGGAGGCUGGUGUGAGUGAGAAGCCCAAGUCAUCCAUUAAUCCGCAGGCAAAGCACCAUUCCAGCAGCCGCAGUGAAAGCUCUCACGUGCCGCCCUGGAAAUAACCCCAGCCCUGACAUGGAAAGACGACCCUAGAAAAAGCUUUUGCGGCACUGGCGUGCCCAACUCAAGCUGUCCUGUUGUGGGGCUGUGGCAUGGCCACGGCGAUAUCGAUCACACCUGUGUGAUGGCAGAGCGGCUCUGGAGCCGGUUGUGGCAUCCGCGUUCCCUGUGCUGCUGACGGAUCGCCUGGAGACACGUCAGCCGUAGCCAAGGCGCUGCUGCCUGGGGCCCACUGUAUGACCCGUGUACAAGCACACCGGAGGGACAAAGUUCCAGGCACUUCUGCUGUGAGAGGGUGUGACAUCUUAUGGAAAACAUGUUCCACAGCCUUUGUGAUCAGACUGGUACAGAACAACGGAUCCAGACAGAAUUCCAGAAAAGCAGACCGAGGCCAUACGGAUUAGUGAUUCCCAUUAGUACUGAUGCGGAUGGAACCUACAUCUCCAACAUCCUCUCUGCUAGUCACCAAAGAAGAUCGACACGGGAGGUAUCCCAGAGCCCCAAACAGCUGUAUUUUAAUGUCACUGCCUUUGGAAGGGAAUUCCAUCUCCGGCUGAAACCCAACACCCGGUUAGUGGCUCCCGAAGCUGUCGUAGAGUGGUACGAAGACUCCGUGGAAACCGGAUAUCAUACUGGUAAUGGGAGUCAAGCUGGAACUUCUACAGAGAGAUUAUGGAAGAGGGAGCCCCUGUGGACCAACUGCGCAUACGUGGGAGACAUAACUGACAUCCCUGGAGCUUCUGUGGCCAUUAGCAAUUGCGAUGGGCUGGCUGGAAUGAUACGGACCGAUAAGGAUGAAUACUUCAUUGAGCCUUUGGAAAGAGGAAAGCAAAUGGAAGAGGAAAAGGGAAGAAUCCACAUGGUGUACAGGCGGUCGGCUGUUGUGCAGCAUCCUCCCGAAUUGCUCCCGGAUGUCCACAGGGAAGACACUCUUCUUGGUGGCCUGGGAGAGCUGAGUUCCCUGUACGGCAGCGUGGAGCAGCAACUGAACGACACCCUGAGGCGACGCCGGCAUGCGGGAGACAACGACUACAACAUUGAGGUGCUGCUAGGGGUGGACGACUCUGUCGUCCGGUUCCACGGCAAAGAACACGUUCAGAACUACCUCCUCACCCUCAUGAACAUAGUGAAUGAGAUCUAUCACGAUGAAUCUCUGGGCGUCCACAUCAACAUUGUGCUGGUGCGGAUGAUCAUGCUGGGGUACGCGAAGUCCAUCAGCUUGAUCGAAAGGGGAAACCCGUCGAGAAGCCUGGAGAACGUAUGCCGCUGGGCCUACCAGCAGCAGAAGUCAGAUCCCGGUCACUCCGAGCACCACGACCAUGCCAUCUUCUUAACCAGGCAAGAUUUUGGGCCUGCUGGUAUGCAAGGCUACGCUCCCGUUACGGGCAUGUGCCACCCGGUCCGGAGCUGCACUCUCAACCACGAGGACGGGUUCUCCUCAGCUUUUGUCGUUGCUCAUGAAACCGGUCACGUGCUGGGAAUGGAGCACGACGGGCAAGGGAACCGCUGUGGGGAUGAGACAGCCAUGGGCAGUGUCAUGGCUCCCCUGGUGCAGGCUGCUUUUCACCGCUACCACUGGUCCAGAUGCAGCGGCCAGGAGCUCAAGAGAUACAUCCACUCUUACGACUGUCUUCUUGAUGACCCCUUUGAACAUGAUUGGCCCAAGCUUCCCGAACUGCCAGGCAUCAAUUACUCCAUGGAUGAACAGUGCCGCUUCGACUUUGGUGUUGGCUACAAGAUGUGCACAGCGUUCCGAACCUUUGACCCCUGCAAGCAGUUGUGGUGCAGCCAUCCCGACAACCCCUAUUUCUGCAAGACAAAGAAAGGGCCUCCACUCGACGGGACAGAGUGUGCCCCAGGAAAAUGGUGCUACAAAGGUCACUGCAUGUGGAAGAACGCCAACCAGCUGAAGCAGGACGGCAACUGGGGACCCUGGACCAAAUUUGGCUCCUGCUCACGGACCUGUGGAACAGGAGUUCGGUUCCGGACACGCCAGUGCAACAAUCCCAUGCCCAUUAACGGCGGGGAAGACUGUGCUGGCGUCAACUUUGAGUUUCAGCUUUGCAACACAGAGGAGUGCCCGAAGCACUUUGAGGACUUCAGGGCGCAGCAGUGUCAGCAGCGCAAUUCCCACUUUGAGUACCAGAACAGCAAGCACCACUGGCUGCCCUACGAACACCCCGACGCCCAGAAGAGAUGUCACCUGUACUGCCAGUCCAGAGAGACCGGAGACGUCGCUUACAUGAAGCAGCUGGCACACGAUGGGACUCGCUGCUCCUACAAAGAUCCCUACAGCAUCUGCGUCCGUGGAGAGUGCGUGAAAGUGGGUUGUGACAAGGAGAUCGGCUCCAACAAGGUCGAAGACAAGUGUGGUGUCUGUGGUGGGGAUAACUCUCACUGCCGAACCGUGAAGGGGACCUUCACCCGCACUCCCAAAAAGCUCGGGUACCUUAAGAUGUUUGACAUCCCUCCUGGUGCUCGACAUGUGUUUAUCCAAGAAGACGAGGCUUCUCCUCACUUUCUUGCCAUUAAGAACCAGGCGACGGGACACUACAUCCUGAACGGGAAAGGAGAGGAGGCCAGAUCCCGCUCCUUCAUUGACCUGGGCGUGGAGUGGGAGUACAACAUAGAGGAUGACAUCGAAACCCUCCACACCGAUGGGCCCUUGCACGACGCCGUGGUUGUGCUGAUCAUCCCUCGGGAGAAUGACACGAGAUCCAGCCUGACUUACAAAUACAUCAUUCACGAAGAUUCGGUGCCAACCAUCAACAGCAACAACGUCCUGCAGGAAGAAAUAGACACCUUCGAGUGGGCGCUGAAGAGUUGGUCACAGUGCUCCAAGCCCUGUGGCGGAGGGUUCCAGUACACCAAGUACGGGUGCCGCAGGAAGAGCGAUAACAAAAUGGUUCACCGCAGCUUCUGUGAAGCCAGCAAAAAGCCAAAGCCCAUCCGCAGAAUGUGCAAUCUCCAGGAAUGCACGCAGCCUCUCUGGGCGGCAGAGGAGUGGGAAUACUGCACAAAAACCUGCGGGAAUUCAGGCUACCAGCUCCGAACUGUGCGUUGCAUUCAGCCCCUUCAUGACGGGGCGAACCGCUCGGUCCAUUUCAAGUACUGCAGCGGUGAGCGCCCCGAGAGCCGCCGGCCCUGCAACCGCGUGCCCUGCCCUGCCCACUGGAAAGCCGGACCCUGGUCUGAGUGCUCCGUGACCUGCGGGGAGGGAACUGAAACCCGGCAGAUCACGUGCCGUGCUGGCGACAGGUGCGACGGAGAGAAGCCGGAGGCAGUGAGGGCUUGCAAACUCGCUCCCUGCAACGAUGAGCCCUGCAUGGGAGACAAGUCCAUCUUCUGUCAGAUGGAGGUGCUUGCGCGUUACUGUUCCAUCCCUGGCUACAACAAGCUGUGCUGCGAGUCCUGCAGCAAGCGCAGUGGCACCCUCCCACCGCCGUUCCUUACGGAAGCUGCUGAAACCGAAGAGGCGGUGAUGUUCCACCAGAGCGAUCUGCCGAGGGCUUUGAUGGCACCCACCUCUGCGACGCCCCACCACGCACAGCACCUGCCUGGGAGAAGUUCUCUGGGCAGGCCUCCCUUUGCAGAGGACGUGGAUACGCGCAGCUCCCCGUCCAACGCUAAGCCCAAAGGUGCUGAAUUUCCACAGUGGAGAGCUCCUCAGGCAAGGAAGACUUCGCGGCUGUUCACUUUGCUCCACCAGCCGCCUGCCAACAGCAGCAGCCUCAGUCCUCAUCACCCCCUUGCGCUGGCAGCAGCUCUUCCUGUGGUGCAGGCCGACACCACCGUGGCAGGUGCUGUUUCUCUGCCAAGAACCUCAAGGAAGAGCGAGAAGAGAUGGCCUUCGAGGUCCUCCACCGUGGAAAGAUGAAUCCCAGUGCCUUGUGGAGGACAACUGCUGAGAGGCUUUGUUGGGCGCUUUGGGUUUAGCUUCUGUACUUCCAGACACCAUGGUGCGUGUUGCUUCCUGCAAGCGGGACACUGCAGGUUGUCUCCUCCUCUUCCGUGUACAUACAAAGAAUGAGAAGUGCUGGUUCACUUUCUGGUUGUUCCCGUCCUCCUCCCGUUCCUGGCCAGCGUGAGUGCGUCGGAGGAAAGCACCAAAGAAUAUUCCUAGCAGCGAGCAGGAGUCGCUGAGGGCGCCGGUCAAGCUCUCGCGCAGAUAAGGGGCCUGGCCUCGGCGCUUACCACAUCGGUUUGGGUUUUAAACACUCCCGCAUAGAAGACGCCCUACUACAAGAGGUACCAAACGUUUACACGAUACAAAAUACUUUUACAACAGAAUCCGUAAGACUUGUUGUGCUAAUUUAUCUCUGUUGUAUGAGCAAGCUUGCAGCUGUAAAUACUGUAUAUUGCAGAAAAGCAGUGUUAUUUUUCCGAGUUCUGUGCUGUUAAACAACUGUUUACCUGCAUUGCGUUCCGGACAGUUGCCAGGUGCCUGCAGUCGAGUACUGCCUUAUCCCAAGAGGUCAGUUUUAAAGCAGCGUUAGCAUAAAGGGAGGAGUUCCAUUUUCAUACGAGUUACAGGGGUUUUGGGUAUCAGCUAUGUGAUGCUUUCUUCUGAAACCAGGAGAAAAAAGUGGAAACCUAAGGGUGUGAGGGUACUUAGAGCCACCUGCCCGUUGAAAAUUGGUUUAGAAACCUUGGUGUAAUUCCAGCCACGGGCUGGAAAAUGGAUUUUCCGUGCCUGUGAAAGGAAUGCCACACCCAUGGCCUAGGCCAAGCGGGUCCUGCUUCAGUUUAGGAGUGGCAGCGCCAUCCUGUGAGUCUCCUUGUGCCGAAGAGGCUGGCUCAGAGUAGGAAACCAUGUAUAUACUGUAAGUACUGUAACGUGCACCCGUCACAGAAGUUUCCCAGGUGCUCUUUGAUAUUUGUGAAGCUGGAAAAGCAUCCCAGGGGUAGAACAGGCACUAAUGAGAAAUAAAUAGCUGUGGCACGACCUAAAAAGAUAUUUUUUUCCUCCUGGAAGCAUUGAUGUAAAGGUGAGAGAUAUUUAUUUUUCAGUACGGUUUGCCUCUAAACCUUCGCAACCACAAUGCAUCCGACUGCAAUCAUAUAAUUUAUGUCAGUGCCCAUCUCCUUCACAGCCCACCCGACCACACGCGCUCCUGUGUGUUGCUGUAAAGUACUUGUAUAUAGGAUGGAGAACUGAAGAUAUUUAUUAAAAGUCGAUUUCUUGAUAGUAUUUUAUGUACUAAAUAUUUACUGUAAGGGCAGUUGGCUGUUCUUCUCGCCAAGGUAAAGUAGAGCUGUAAUUGUAUACCUGCACGCGUGAUGUCGGAUGGAUAGAACAGAAAUCUGAGCUAAUGAAACUACUGCAGAGAAGCUGUUGGUCUGAUUCUUUUAAAACAAAGUCUUA